CAAAUCAAAACGCGCUCAGCCCACGCCACAAACCCGCGUGACCGUACUUACCAGCAACAAGCGCCGGACGCACUGCGCGACUCGGGUUCGGACGUGCUGCUGGUACCGCUCACCACAACUGUUUCCUUGCUACCACCGAAACUACGCAUCAAGACACUCGCGCCGCGCCCUGCCACGAUGGCCUUGCUGGGAGUCGAGGGUAACGAAAUUGGAAGGAUAGGCUGUGCGGCGAAUGGAGAUAUUUAAGGCAUGCAGGCGCGUACAUCCGGGUCCAGUACAUACAUACGUCGCCAUUUGACGAUAUAUGCUCAGAUCACACCCUGCUUCGCAUCUGUCACUGGUUCCUCUGCCAGCGGGUUCAAUAACGCCGCCGUGCCUGCUCACCUACGUACAUGGCCUGUAGUCCGCCGACUCGUUCGCUCGCGUACCCGCCUGUCUCCGCAUUGCUCUUCCGCCCACCCUCUCGCUCGCCCAUCUGCCAGUGUGCGUGCACCCGUCCUCUCGCCCGUACCUCCUCUCACCCGUACCUCCUCGCCCGUACCUCUUCUCGUCCUCUCACCCUCUCGUCCUCUCGCUCGCUCGCCCGCCCGUUUGCUUGUCCGCUCACCCUCUCGCCCGUCCAUCUGCAUGUGCACCCAUAUUCCCUUCCUCUCGUCCGUUCGUCCUCUCGCCCGCCCAUCUUGUCCGCCCAUCCUUUCGUGCGGCGCCCACUGCCUCCUGCCAUUCAGUACACCACUCGUCAAGACACUCGUGCCGCGCCAACCACAUAUCCGAUGCGUGCCGCGGGCUUGUCAGACCACCGACUGUCGAACACUCGCUGACAUGCCCACUGGCGCUUCGGAGACAACGAACGCGAAGACUACCGCGCCGUCUCCUCGGGCAUCGUCCAGCUUGCGACGGCGCCCGCCCUCGGGAUACAUGCGCACGACAUCCCGCCAACCUGGCCAUCGCGCAGCGAGCGUGCGAGCGACGCGCCGUGCCAGCAACUUGCCGCCCGGUGUCGCUAGGAUGCCAGCGCAGGCCCCGACCACCAUCCCAGGGCGUUCCAAGGUCACCAGCAACACGAGCGUCACUACGGCACGUCCCAGGAUACACCGUUGACGGUAGAGAGCAGGAAACGAGGGGUUGAACGGCCGAGAGGGCUCCACCAGGUAAAUGACCAGCCACACUCCGCUGCGCCGCCCCCUACCGCCUCUUGGACGCACGCAAUGCGUUCCGCGGGCGUUCCGUGCACGUCAGACGACCCUGCCCUACGGCCUGCCCGCCACAUCACCGCCUUCCAGCCCAACCGCAGCUCCCCUACCUCGUUGCGCCGCCCUCGACCACCUCGGACGCCCCAAACGCGUGCCG